AGUGUCUUGGCACGCGGGUGCGCGCCGCCCCCUCGGUCUCCUGGGCUCCCUGAACCUCGCAGGACCCCGGAAGCCCCGCCCCAGCUCGGGCCGCGGGGGCACACCGCGGGCGUCGGGCGGGGCGGCCCAGCAGGUAAAAGCUGCGCGGCCGCGGGCUCGGCACUCACGGCUUUGACGGCUCCGACGGCACUGACGGCACUGACGGCCAUGGCGCGUUCGAACCUCCCGCUGGCGCUGGGCCUGGCCCUGGUCGCAUUCUGCCUCCUGGCGCUGCCCCGCGACGCCUGGGCCCGGCCGCAGGAGCGCAUGGUCGGAGAACUCCGGGACCUGUCGCCCGACGACCCGCAGGUGCAGAAGGCGGCGCAGGCGGCCGUGGCCAGCUACAACAUGGGCAGCAACAGCCUCUACUACUUCCGAGACACGCACAUCAUCAAGGCGCAGAGCCAGCUGGUGGCCGGCAUCAAGUACUUCCUGACAAUGGAGAUGGGGAGCACAGACUGCCGCAAGACCAGGGUCACUGGAGACCACGUCGACCUCACAACUUGCCCCCUGGCGGCAGGGGCGCAGCAGGAGAAGCUGCGCUGUGACUUUGAGGUCCUUGUGGUUCCCUGGCAGAACUCCUCUCAGCUCCUAAAGCACAACUGUGUGCAGAUGUGAUAAA